GGCUAUGGCGUACGGCCUAUGCCAUUCUUUGCUGUCGUCGUGAUCAAGAUUGUCGAACUUCAAGGCGUUUGGGAGCUCAUUGACAUUAAUUUAUUCGUCAAUAUCUGGGCAAUUCGGCGGAAUUUCGGCCCGCCUUCUUGUGACCGACAUCUCUCACCCGAUUGGUUCUGGCAGAGAAAGCAAGUAAGCUUGAGGGACUCCAAGACUGGCCAGAUAACCGGGUAUGAGCCAUGGCAGAUGAUGCUCAGGAUAUAAUAUCGGAGGAUUCCUUGGACAAUGAUGAGAGCGAUGAAGGAGAUGCAGAGGAGGUUGCAACUGAAGCAGAGAGGGAAAUACGGAGCCAGAUCAGGACGAUCAUGGCAGCUAUGGAGAGGAAGCAGCAGGGUUUUGUAGAAAACCAGGGUGGUGUAGGACCUGAACGACAGCUGACGAUUGAGCGGCCGGACUCCAAAGAUACAAAGCUAAAAUUCACGGUUUCAAACGCGCUCUGUUCCGCAUUGAUGAAGGUUCGAUGUCUAGAUCCCUCAGUUUCCUCCGCAAAGUUGAGGUGUGACAUCUGCGACACCCCGAAGAAGUAUGGAGGGCUGAAGGGGCUCAUCCGACAUGGGGAGACUUCCGAUAAGCGAAAGCCGGCAAAGCAUCGGGGUUACGCGAAGGCCAUAGCCGCGGUCAACGCCGAAGCGGAGGCCUUUGCUAGGUCGAGGGCACCGGUUCGAAAGCCAACAGUGCAGCUUGACACACCCGUGAAGCGAGGCACCACAGGCAAGAUGAUCGUUUGGCCCCCGACCGUUAUCAUCCAGAACUGCCGCAUGGGAAGGGACAGUCUGACUCAGAAGUGGAACGGGCUAGAUGCACAACAGGUGAAGGGUGAAUUAUUCAAGGGAUAUGAUAUCAAGAAAGUGAAAGCACUUCACAAUCCUGAAGGUCAUAUGGGGAUCGUUGUUGUCCAAUUUGAAGAAUCGGAGGAUGGGUAUCGCCAGGCCCAGACCGUGACUGAUUGCUUUGCGGAGGCAAUGCUAGGGAAGGAAGAGUGGGAGAAAAUUAAGAAGGAGAGGAAGAUGAAGGGCAAGGAUUCCAGCAGUAACGGAGGGAAAAAUGGCGGCAAGGUCUCCAACAAGAUGGGGACUGCAGUGCUGGGACUCCUGGGAAUGCCGAUAGGGAAAAAUGUUGGGAAUGCUGAUGGGACCAUUGGAACAUAUUCUGCUGCAGAUCGGGCUGGCGAUGACGAACGCUCCGGCUUGUCGACCGUCUGUUUGCCGUGCUCGGUUUCGAUCUCAGGAGCUGAAUCAUCAGCUGUGCCAGAGCCUUCAGAAGGAAAUGGGAAUGGAAAUGGAGAUGGAAAUGAAAAUGGGGUCAUCCAGUGCAGAGGGGUGGGGGCUUCGUCAUCAUGUGAUGAUGGCUUACAAGCCCUCCGCGUGGACACAUAUCUUGAGCAGAAAUCAGUCGCAGCAGCUAAUGUAUUCUUAUCCAAAGAGGAUGAGGCUGCCUUUGAUGGGAAUGGCAAAGAGGAUGAGGUUGCACCAAUCAUGGAAGAUGACCGGCCAAAAGUCCAGCCUAGGCCGUAUUGCUAUCUAGCGGAGCCGGAAGAUAUGAAGAAACUUCCCUGGAAUAAACCGCAACUCAAGUGGGAAGAGGCGUCUUAUGAUGAAAAGGUGAUUCAGUCCGCGAAGAAGAGAAAGCUGGAGGGGUUGGCUAUGGCAGAGAGGUUUGCUGAGCUGAAGAGGAGAAAUCAAGACAUGCAGGAGCAGACUGAAAUUUUGGCCACAAAGUUGGCGAAAAAAGACGAAGAUAUUGCCAGACAUCAAGCCCUGAUAAAAAGCAUCCACCAAGAAGCAUCCCUGAGUGCUGGGGAACACAAGAAGCUGAUUGAGGAACUGCGACAACAAAUAAAGCGUCAUGAAAAAAAUGAAGCAGAGAUCAGGGAAGAGAUGGCGAACAAGAAGGUCGUGGAAGCGAUAACUGAACGUACGAAGGGGAUUGCUGCCUUGCAUGCGCAAAUUGCUGCCUUGAAAGCACAAGUAAAGGAUCUGGAAAAGGAAAAUGAGACCGAGAGGGAAAAUGAAAGGCGGUUAGAGGAGGAGAGAAAUGAGAAGAACAAGCUGAUGAAGAAGUUAGAGGAGCUGCAGGCUUCAAGGGGGGAAGAAAAGAAACAAAAACAGCAUCAUCUGAAAAAGUACAAAAUGGAGGAAGAGGACGAGGAGGACGAGGAAGAGUACGCGAAGGAGUACGAAGAGGAAGAGGACGACGAGGAGGAGGAGGAGGAAGAGGAGGAGGAAGAGGAGAGGGUGAAAGGAAAGGAGGGCGGACUUGACGAGGAGGAGGAGUAGGGGUAGGGGGAGAGAGAGGAAGAAAAGUCGGGCGAAGGCCCUACUUU